AUGGCCAAACGAACCCUAGAGUCCUUCUUCAAGCCCAUCUCCCCACCAGUUCCAACCGAGAAACGAAUCAAAACCGACCAACCCGCGCUUCAACCGCAACCGCAAUCGCAAUCGCAGUCCAAUCAACCGGGUACCAGUCCGACGGAUGAGCCCAACAAAGCCAUACCAGAUAACCAUCCAACCUACCCAAUCCCAAUCCCACAACUGCCCUCCCACAUCGAUGUCGGUAUACAGCAUGGCACACCAGCGCGCCAAGCACGCAAUAUAAACAACCAACCUCACCUCGACCUGCUACACUUUCAGCCCUACGUCGCCCGGCAGACGGCAAACGAGCUGUUCAAGUUCUUGCGUCGGGAACUCCCAUUUUACCGUGUGCAGUACUCGAUUAAGCGGGGUGGAGUCGAAACGUCCAUAAACACACCUCGCUUCACGACUGUUUUCGGGGUUGAUGAUACAGCCCGAUUUGUGCAUAAGAACGAGCCUGCAGGGUCUUGCCCCAAGGACCCAGCGGAGAACCGAGACCCAAACACCAAUGCAGAUCAAACCCCAGAUGGAACACAUGACGACUUGAUCCUUAUACAAGCCGAAACAAAAUCCGCCAUCUCUCCAACAAAAUACCAAUACAAACCACGACCCAUACCCUCAUGCCUCGACAUACUCCGCCAACAAGUCGAAGCCGCAACAGGCGCACGCUAUAACUUCUGUUUAGUGAAUUACUACGCCAGUGGCGAGGAUAGCAUAUCCUUUCACUCAGAUGAUGAACGAUUCCUCGGCGAUCAGCCGAAUAUUGCUUCGCUAUCGCUUGGCGGGGAGAGGGAGUUUGUGAUGAAGCACAAACCUCCCCCCACAACAGGCUCAUAUCCAUUCGGGCCGGGGAAUGGCAUCAAGAAUGGCGGCAAAAGUGCUGGUAUGGCAAACAGUGAGACCGUUUCGGAUAUCGGUAGCACGGCUGCAACGUCCCCGGCCGAAACAACUACCCCGAGUCAUACAGCGAAAUCCCAACCCCCAGGCUCCGGUACGACCGAUUCUCAACAUGGGGUUUCACAGCCUCGAGCAUAUGGGCCGAUGCAAUUGCAGACGCAGAUGAAAGGACCUGCAGCCGCACCUCAGCAGAUCAAAAUGCCCCUCGCAUCGGGCGAUAUGGUGGUAAUGCGGGGUGACACACAAUCCAAUUGGUUGCAUAGUAUCCCGAAAAGACGGGGACGGGCGGGGGAUGCGGUGCGGGGAAGAAUCAACAUCACUUUUCGAAAAGCGGUUGUGCCUGCUGGAACGAAUAAUUAUUACCAUUAUAAUGUUGGGAGUGGGCCCGUGUAUCGGUGGGAUGAACAGAGAGGAGUUAUGGAUAUUAUGAAGUAG